AUGGCAGCUGACACCGCGCUGUUCAUCGACCUGUCCAGGAAAUUGGCCGAGAAGCUCGCUGUAUCAAGCUCCGCGAUACACUUCAGGAUGGGCACAACGUUUCUGGCACGGGACCACGUCAUGUUCCCAUGGUGGUUACAGACUUCUCGAUACUGCGAGCAAGCCACCGGGACGAACUGCCAAGCGAAGCGCGAAGAUGGCUACAGCCCGUCCUAG